CAUGAACUUGAAACCUUUGCUUCAAGGCUAACGCUUUCCCUACGGUGACGCACGUACUGUUUUGCCGAGACUCUAGUGCUAUUUACCCCGGUCGUUAUUCGCAAAGUCGAUUCCACCACGUUUCAGGAUUGGCGGCACUAUUCUCGCAUAAUAAUCGACCCAGAUGACCGCCAUAUGCCUUGUCCGGUGACACCCAACCCAUCUUGCAAACGUCGCCGACCCGAGCAAGAUCCAUUCCACUCAUCGCGUCAUCAGUUGAAGCGGCAGAAGCUGAGCCAGCCGGCACCAGCAUAUUGGGAUAAUCUAUCCAGAAUUUGGUUGACCAAAGGCGCGUUAAGCGAAUUAGAUCAAAGAAACAGCUACCUUGGACCACCCCAAAACCAUUAUAAGCCUGUUUCUCAACAAUCUCGCCUCAAGCUGAAGAAGUGUUGUGGAAUUCAGCUUGCUCCUGACCCUCUCUAUGAUUGCUCCCCUGAGUGCUUAAAACAGAUAAAGAGGUUUUCCAGGCUGGGAGGUCCUGGCCUGUCGGACCUUAGAAAUUAUCCCGAACCUGAACGCAUCCUCAAGCGACCAAUGGCUUCAAGCAAAUCUGACUCCCAUGGUAGAAAGCGACGUGCAGGACCUCCGUCAUUGAAAUCAAGAAAUACGAGACACCACAAACACGACAAGUUCCACGCCGUACAGUCGAAACUUUCAACAAAAUCUGAUUGACCAUGGAAUAUAUCCCGACGGGUAUGAAUACCCUGAUGGUCGGAUACCAGCAAUACCUGAUAACUGGAAGGAGAUCAAUGAAAGAUUGGUUCGACCCCGUCCCUCCCUUUCGCCAUCAAAGUUCUCUGAUGGGGAGUUCCGGAAACUCAAACGAGCAGAUACACACGCAUCAAAAGAGAAGCCAGUGACAACCACAGUGAUUCCAAUUAUCGAAGGUGAUAUCGGCGAUCCUAAAUGUACUGGAGGAGAUAUCUAUUCGGAAAUCUUGCCUACUUAACCAAUGGCACGCUAUCUCAAGCCAAACCAGAUCAUUUCUAUGGUGCGCGUCCUGAACAGCUCGAUCGUCAAAUCCGCAAGGAUCUUAGCAACCAGAUUAUUCUGUCAACGCAGGAUGACCUUGCCACGGCACCAAACUUCUUUUUGGAGGCAAAAGGCCCUGAUGGAUCCCUUGCUGUGGCUACGCGGCAAGCUUGCUAUUAUGGUGCAUUAGGGGCCUGAGGCAUGCAUUCACUUCAGAUGUAUCGACAAGAUA